AUGCCCACGCCAUCAUCUCAUCGGCACGACGGGGAGCUCUCUUUUACUUCGUUAUGUCCAGAUGACCAAGCGCCACAUGCGGAAUCCAACUGGAACCAACCUCCGACACCAUUCGAACAGAUCGACCGGCCACGACGAGAAGAUACGCUUGCCGGUAGCGGUCAGGUGCCAAGUGCUGCUGCAGGACUGGCCUUGCCACUGUCUCUGCCAACAAUGUCGCCCAUCGCUCGACCUGGCAGAGAACUCACGGUCGAAACCGAAACAAAUGAUACGGAUUUCUUCAAUACGGGCGAGCAGGAUGACGACGUGAAACCGGCUGAAACGGAUCUGGAUAUGGCGGCUGACAAUGUUACUGCUGGCAGCAGUGCUCAGUAUGCCCAAAGCAAUAGCACUGUUAACAGGAGCAGCCGGCGUGCUGGAACUGUCACAAGUACGACGCCGUCAAGCACCGUGAGCUCAGACGUCUGGGACCCAUAUGGCGUAACCCAGGGAAUCAACAGACCACGUGAGAGAAGCACCAUUCGGGCACCGGAUGCACUAGCCCCGUCUAGCAUGGACAUUGAGAAGUUGGAGGAGCAUGGGAUCAGCGAGCACUGCGCGUUGGAUAGCAUAUCGGAGGGUUACAUGGGAUUUGAUCCAACCAGCUCCAGAAUUAUACCAAUACCGCCAUCAACUUACCUUCGUCCAGGCAGCCGAUUUGUUGGUACCCAGCAGUCCGAACGGCAGGUCUACGAUGUCCAAGUGGAAAUCAAGCACGUAGACCUUCGCGAGUCAUUUUUGUGUGGCUACUUACGAAUACAAGGCCUAACCGAGGAUCAUCCCACACUCACAACGUAUUUUGAAGGCGAGAUCAUCGGCUCCAAAUAUGGUUUCACCACAAAGCACAAGUCUUGGGGUGCCAAUGAUCGCAUUGACAUGUCGCACUGGGCCAAAUUUGCCGCAUUUCAUCCGUUUGUGCGCCAGGCAAAGAAAGGCAACCUAGUCAUUAAAGAAUAUCUGCAAAAGGAAAACAUAUUUAUGCGUUGGAAAGAGCACUUUCUUGUCCCCGACCAUCGGGUGCGAACAAUCCACGGUGCAAGUUUUGAAGGUUUCUACUACAUUUGCUUCAACCAAGUCGAAGGAGUUGUGCAUGGCAUAUAUUUUCAUUCCAAGAGUGAAAAGUUCCAGCAACUAGAGCUCAAACAUGUCGAAGACCGGGGCUGCAUGAGCGCCGUGGAGUUCCGGUGA